CUGUGCAGCAGCAGCCUCUCAGCUCCAGUGUGUUCCACUCUGUGCAGCAGCAGCCUCUCAGCUCCAGUGAACAGCAGCCUUCUCUCACAAUGGGAAUCUCUUCAUUGCAGAUCUCCAGCCUGUACACCCAAUGCCUACGGGGGCUGGUUCUGCUCUCUCUCAUGCUUUGCAGUAGUAUACCCAGCUUUGGAGUCGACGGUUACCUGAACCAGGUGCUUUGGGACUGUGAGUACAGUGACAGCAGCAUGACGGACAUGGUGUUUUCGAUGAGAUAUGUUUUCAACCAGCAGGAGAUUAUUCACUACGACACCAAGAUCAAGAAGCAUGUCGGAAACUCUGCCUGCGGGGUUUUAAAUGCGGAGGCAUGGAACAAGGAUAAGGGCAGGCUGGCAGAGCUGCUGGGUGAAGUGGAUCGAUAUUGCAAACACAACAUGGGACUCUACCGGGGAGGCACAACAGAUAGAGAAAUUCCACCCGCUGUCAGAGUCCGCACUAUGAAACCGUUCAGCUCUCAGCACCAGACCAUGCUGGUCUGCAACGCGUUUGGCUUCUACCCACGUGAGAUAAAGGUGAUCUGGCUGAGAAACGGAGUGGAGAUGACGGCUGAUGUGUCCUCCUCAGAGCUGCUCUCUGAUGGAGACUGGACCUAUCAGAUCCACUCGUACCUGGAGCUCAUCCCACAGUCCGGAGACUCCUACACCUGCAGGGUGGAGCACAGCAGCCUCACUGAGGCCAUCGAAGUGCAGUGGGAUCCAGCGAUGCCGGAAUCUAAGAGAAACAAGAUCAUCAUUGGGGCUUCUGGAAUUGUUCUGGGCCUGGCCAUUGCAGCAGCUGGACUGAUCUACUACAAGAAGAAGGCUACAGGUCGCAUUUUGGUGCCAUCAGAUUAAGUCUGUCUCUGGGCCUCUAUCCACUUGCCAACCUGCCACAGACUGUUUGAAGAUAUCAUAAGAACAUAGGAAAGUUUACAAACGAGAGGAGGCCAUUUGGCCCAUAUCGUGACUGGUUGAAAUAGAUUGUAUUUUAUGAACAUGUAAUGCCUUCAUUUAAUGUGUUUGACAGACUCCUGAAGUGGCAGCUAUACAGGAUUAUUUGGUCACUGGUGCCCACCUUGAAGGGUGGACUAUGAAGAUUUACAAUUGUAUUACUUUCAGUUUUAGAUUCUUACAAAUCAUUCAUGCAGUAAAAUGGUCAUUUCAAUAAUGCAGAAACAUGUGAGAGCACUUUCAAUGUAAUCAACUUGACUGUUUGUUUCCCCCUCAUGUAAUGCUAAUGGCAAUAAAGGUGAAUAGACAUGCUUGGGUUCUAUUCGUUGUAUUUGCUAUAGAUGCUUCAGUCUUUACAGUUUAUACCUGAUUACAGUUUCAAUGUGACCUUGAAUAACAUUCUUCUACUCUGUAUUCAGUACAGGCUUUGAUCAGGUCUAUAUAUUUGCUCAGUAAUGGCAUUUGUUUAAAUAAAUUGCUAUAUUAAGAGCUUUUCUUCGAUAGUUAUUACACAAUAUGAAUUGUGUAUUUUAAUAAUGUUGUUUGACCAGAGUUAUACAUUUUAGAUGUUUGAUUUGUCUGUUGAUUAAAGUGUUCUAUGCGGCUAAUCUCUGCACCUGUUUUAAGUUUAAUAAAAGUUAGUUUUUUACUACCAAA